AUGCCGGUUAUCGCGUAUCAUGUGCUGCACUUGAUCUGGGUGUUCCGGCUCGGGCCCAUUGAGUUCCUGGGAACGGCCGAGCAGCUCGUGGUGCAGGCGAUGGAGGCUCGCAACACAAAGCUCGGCGAGGACCAUCCCGACAUGCUGAUCAGUAUGAAUAAUUUGGCGUCGACGUAUAUGAAGCAGGGCCGAUGGGAGGAGGCUGAGCAACUCGAGGUGCAGGUGAUGGAGACUCGCAAGACGAAGCUCGGCGAGGAUCAUCCCGACACGCUGACGAGUAUGGCUAAUCUCGCCUUUACCUGGAAAUCUUCGGGUCAUGAUGCUAAGGCUGUCAAUUGA